AUGAACAACGCCAACAAGACGCAAGUAGAUGUGUUUGAACUUUCUGGUCUAACAGAUGACAGAGAAUUUGCUCCUUUCCUCUUCAUCUUCUUUUUACUUGUUUACAUGAUAACUGUAUGCGGAAAUAUUGGAAUAAUUGCAGUUGUUCAAAUCUCGCCCAGCCUUCACACCCCAAUGUACUACUUCUUGAGUUACCUCUCUGUGGUAGACCUAUUAUACUCCUCAGUUGUUACCCCCAAAAUGUUGUCCGAUCUCCUGUCUGACAAGAAAUUCAUCUCAUUCGUUGGUUGUGCCCUUCAGUUCUACUUCUAUGUUGCUCUGGCCAUCACGGAAUCUCUCCUACUUUCAACUAUGUCGUAUGAUCGAUAUGUAGCUAUCUGCCAACCUCUAUGUUAUGUCUCAAUAAUGACCAAGAAGAGAUGCUUGAACCUGAUUCUACUCGUCUUCAAAGUUGGUUGCUUGCAGUCUGUAGUACAAACCAGCUGCAUCUUCACUUUAGAAUAUUGUGGACCAAACUUUAUAAACCACUUUUACUGUGAUGGCCCACCCCUGUUCAAAUUGUCCUGCUCCGAUACUUUUUGGUGUGAUUUGAUAGCCUUCUUCUUUGUAAGUUCUUGUGGUAUAGGUUCCAUGGUGACAGUCCUGUCCUCCUACUCUCUUAUCGUGGCUUCUAUCUUACGGAUGAAAUCGGCUGAAGGUAGGCAGAAGGCCUUCAGUACAUGCUCUUCACAUAUCAUGUGUAUUUCCAUCUUCUACGGAACUGUAUUUUUCAUCUACUUGCGUCCUCCUACUGCUGCGUUUGACAAAAAAGACAAGGUAGCCUCUGUUUUCUAUACUGUGAUGAUACCCAUGUUGAAUCCACUUAUAUACAGCCUGAGGAACCAAGAAGUGAGAAAGAUUCUAAGAAAGACAAUACACAAAUCUCACCAAUAA